AUUAAACUUUGCAAAAUGCACAUUACACUCAAAAUUUGAUUGAAAUUCAAAAUAUGAAUUGUUAUCCAAAAUAUAUAAAGUGAAUAAGAAACGUUCGUUUUCAAGGUAACAAUUCCGAAAUUGAAGUAUUAUUUCAAGGGCCUUAUCCCACCAGAUCAGUUAAUUUAUUUUCAAAUAUCAAAUUGAUGAUGUGAUUCACAGUAAUUUUUAAAUUCUGAUUGUACACCAAGAAGGUGGCGUCAUGAGAUUAUACAAAACGUUUUUAUCGACGCGUUCGCGAAGCCUGAACUCUUAAAGAUUACCCAUUUUACCGAAUAGUCAAUAAAGCCUCCGCAUUUAAUUAAUUUGAUCCCCUCCCCAAGUCGUUAUAAUUAAGUGUGCAAUUGUUGGGCCGCAACGUGAGAAUGCUCCACGACUGCGACAACUCCCAAGCUUUAAACGAUCGAUUUCGUGAAUCUGUCCGCGCACGUGUAUUUUAGCCGCGCGGAAAACGCCACUGACCAUGCAAUUCGAUGCGGGAAUGGCGCGCGGGUAUCCCCCUCCCCCACCGCUCCAACCAGUUCUCACGCUCAGCACGAGCUAUGCCGAGAGUGGGAGCUGUGUGUAAGAAUACACGCGUCCGUUUCACGCGUAUUGCGGAUCCAAUGACUUCUUGAGGCACACAAUAGUUCCGUAUUUUAUUACAGUUCCUACGCGACAACGAUUUUAUUUGCUAUAUUCUGUGAACAAACCAUGCCUCGUCAAUCUCAGUAUUUUGAAAAGGAUCAAGACGAACAUUUAAUUAAGCUAGUUAGUGAAUAUCCUGCUUUGUAUGAUCCUAGACACGUGAAUUAUAAAGAAUCUGAUAAACGAGAAACAAUAUGGGUUGAAAUCAGUGAAAAACUCUUAGUAGAUGUUGAUCUCUGCAAGAAAAGAUGGAAGUAUUUUCGAGAUACCUAUGUGAAGUUUAAGAAGAACUGUUUUAAGAAUUCUGGGGAAAGAACAAAUAAGAAAUCAAAAUUCAUGUAUGAGGAUGCUAUGUCAUUUCUAUGGCCAUUUGUAUUCAAUCGACAAAAUGCUGAAGGGAUAACACCAGACCAUGAACUCUCAUGCUGUUAUCCAUCAGAUGGGGAAACGGAGAAAGUUGGUUGUGAAAGCUUAACAGACUCUCACAAUUUAAUAAUACGCUCAAAGAAGCAGGAGAACGGAGGUAAUAAUAAAACAGUGUCUCCUGCACACAGUACAGAAUCAGGAUAUCGCACCAAUACAUGUUCUGGUGUGCCUGAAGAUCACGAAUUUCAAACCCGUGCUGUGAAAUCUGAACCCUUGGAAGUCAUGUCUCUUAAGCCAAACCAGUCUCCUUCAGAAGAAAAUAGCACAGAAGAUGAAGAAUCUGCCAAUGAUAUUAGCAAUGAAAUUCAUGAAGUCCAUCCCAUAAAAUCAUUCUUUGAUGCAAUGGCUGCAACAGUGAUGACUUUACCUCCUCAUAUGCAACUUAUUGUUAAAUCCCAGGUUUUCCAGGUUGUGACAAAUGCUGAACAUCAUGCACUAUCUUCAGCAAGUAUACCAUAUUUCAAUCAAGCCCUUCACAGUGCAUUGGUGUCUCAGGCUAUUAAAACAAAUGUGGCACGUGAUGAAAAUAAAACAUGCUCUGCUGAAGGAACAUGAAAGGUGAAGUUACCAUGUACAAAUUAUGAACUAUGAGCGAAGUGUAUGUUAUGUGUAUACCUAUAGCACAUCACAGUUUUGUUCAGUUUUCUCAAACCAAAGAUGAAGCGCUAAGAAACUGACCAUAGUACAAGUUAAUAUUCAGUCGAGUCAAUAAUAUUAACAGGUCCAUUAAGCAGAUGUAUAUUUAUAUUGUAUAUUUAUGUUAAUAUAAUGAAUAAAUAUAUGCUUGUAAAAUAAUGAUUAGAAAGUAAGCUAUUUCCAAUCUGUGUUUUUAGAGAGAGAGAUUGUAUUUCACUGCAAAGACUGAAUUUGCUUUAUUCCUUAUCCUAAAUGGAAAGGAUAUUGUAAGCCAAUAUAUAAAAAAUAAAACGCAUUUGUCAGUUA